UUCAGUCCAUUACUUACAACUAGCCGAGUCGGUGCCGAGAAUAGAUAGUUGUCGCGCGUUGUAUAAACACUACAGAUACUUUACUACGUAACGUAAAGUAACGUGGAACGUACGAUAAAACAUCUAGCCACCAUUCUGGAAGAGCUGUCCGCAAAAUCGGUAUCUCGAAAGAAGCUACUGUUAAAAUAACAGUCAAGCAAUCAGCAUGCACACGUCCGUUUAGUUCGGCUCAUCUUUUCCUGAAGCUUGUUUAUACUUCUGAUUAUCAUUACAUAUUUUAUGAAUUAGGAGGAUUUCGAUAAUCAGAUCUAAUGCAAGAGUUGUGCAUGGUGACAAUAGUUGAUGUGUCUUCACCAAUUUAACUGUUGAUACUGAUGUUAUCGAUAAAGGUAUCUGCCGUCGAAGUAUCGAUAAAUUUCCAGUAUCUACACUGCGUGUAUUGUGCAUCUACGUGAUAGUGAUAAAUGCUCUUUGCGCGCAAGUAUUGGUGUUGCGGAAAACUCCGUCCAGCUACAUAUCUCCACCAAACAAUAAUUUGCAAUGUUUUAACGUAUUUAUUAAAACACUUCAGUGAAUUGUCUGCAUUUACAAGUGACAUUUAGCAAAGAAAGAUAACUAGCGGCGAUAAGGUACCCCACGUUUAACAUUCAUCACGUUACGAGUUGUUCUCAAUGAUCGACCCCGAAGCAUUUCCAUAGUAUUUAAAUAAAUAGACUUUAUUACCUAUAAAAUAGUAUAGGAGGUACUUCUAAAUGAAGCUAUAUUUUUAUCGGAAAUCGCUCUCUUUUCUUGCCCAGUGUGUGUAACUUUCGCUCAAUUUUCCGUAUAUUGUGGCGUGAAAACAUAUGUGCGCGCAUUUGUGCAAAGUGUUUAUAUCAUUUCUAAUUUUAAAAUAAUCUUAAAAUAAAAGAAACGAAUAAGGGAGUCAAACGAGGAAAUGGAAAAUAUCUUUUUUAAAGCAAUUAUGAAUAGCUAACAAACGUAUUUAACAAUAGGAAUAUCACCAUGAAAUAUAAAAUAAAUAGUUCGGUUCAUGGACUAAUAGACGUUAUGGAAUGAUAAUUUUGGUGGCAAUGAUUACAGAUGCACAUCUGAGUUCCCGAAAGUGAUGCAUCUUAUUAAAUGUUCAAACAACCUAGAUUGUUUCGACACAGAGUUUCCCGGCGCCACCAGUCAAGAGAUGCGGUGUCUUAUAUGAAGAAAGAUAUGUUGAUUCUUCAGUUAAGUUAUUUAAUUUAUUUACUACAUUAAUUAAGAUAAAGCAACUGAUAGUUCAAACUUUGUCAAUAUAAGAUAAACUAAUAAAUUAAUGGAAUAAAACAAAGUAUUUAUAAUGAAGUGAAUAUUCGUGAAUAUUGUUUCGCAUCGAGAUACCUUGUUACCCUUAAGCAAAGAGUAACCUAUUGGAAAUUCAAGAUUUGGAACAAUGAUCGGUAAAACAAGGUCGAAAACCCCAUGGGGUGCCCUGUUUGGCAGUGAUAAUUCAAACAAGUGUAGUAACAAUUCCAGUAAAACUAGAAAUAAUAAUCAAAACAGUAACAAUAAUGCUUCAUCAAGAGUUUCCUCCGUACCCACGGUACUGAAAACAUGCACAAUGACAACAACGAUGAAGGCGACAAAGUCAACGAGAAAUUGCAUAAUAAAUAUGUCCCGGCCGAAUUCAUUGAAUGUAACACGAGCUGGACAAACGGUUGAAGCAAAAGCAUUCAUAAGGGAGGCCCUAAAUGCGUGGCGUGCCAAGGCCAGGUGUAAUGUAGUACCUGCGGAUCGAUUACAAGAGCUCUUCCAUGAGUUACAAUUUAAUCCGAGCGAGAAACAAAUUAGUGAAAUGCUACAAAGUGCCAAGGCGUUCGCCCGGAAAGGAAGUAGAUUGAACGGCCUCACGUUUGGUGAAUUCUGUGUACUAGCAGCCGAUUUGAAGCGAUUCAGAUCAUGCAAUUUUUCAUCGUCAAGUGAAACCAAAAAACUAAGCUCUCUAAUCUCAAGACCAACUUUAACAGCAACAGCCAGUAUCAGUAAUAGUCGAACCACAUUCAGUUCCACGGAAUCCAGCAGAAAUAACAGCAGUAGUAAUUCCAAGCUUAGAAAUGGAGCGAACGGAGUGUCUGGUAGCACUGACUUCGAAGCUAGCUCUCGCAGCGACGAUGACGAAGUUAUCGAACCUCAGAUUAACCUGUCAUCUUCCUCGUCGUCAGUGGAAGGGGCCUCACCACCUUCGACUGAUGUCAACGCGCCUGAAGUAUUUCUUGGCGGAUCAUGCAACCCGACAACUUGGCGAGCAGAUGUUGCGAUUCCAACGCUGAAAGAUUUGGGGAUAUCUUUUUACAAUCCUCAAGUAUCUGAUUGGACACCUGAUCUUAUCGAGCUAGAACAUCGAGCGAAGGAAAAAGCCCGCGUAUUGUUUUUCGUAAUGGACUCAGAAACAAGGGCGUCAGCAGGUGCCAUAGAAGCUGCUCACAUAGCUGGACAAAAUUCGAGGCAUUUAGUGCUUGUAUUGCACCCAUAUAAGCCGGAUCAGAGCAUUUUGAAUGAGCCAAUAUCGCAACAAGAAUACCUAGACUUAAGUAGAAAUCAACAAAUCCUACGGGAAAUUGUGACACGUCGUGGUUUACCCGUUCUAAAUGAUAUCCCGUCCGGUUUACAACGAACUAGAGAAAUCCUGUCUGGUAUUCGAGAUCCGCCGUCCAAUAUCCCAAGAGUCUUGAAAUUUGUUCGUGGAGCGUUUGAACGAGUUAUCGCAACCCCAACACUGCUCACUGACGAGAUCACACUACCGCAAUGUCAGCAAGCUCUCUCUUUCCUUGGCUAUCCAAACAAUAUAAUUGCCACUGAGAAUUUAAAAACAAUCAUUACUUCACUAAAAGAAAUCUUAGAGGCAGAAGAUCAAGCUCAAAACUCAUCGACAAAAACAAUACAAGUAUCGUCAUCACAUCAAUCGUCAUCUAGAACAAAAUCAUCGCCCUUGUCAUCAUCCGUCUCGUCAACUUCAAGUACAAAUAAUAAAAAUAAGAAUGAAAUUCAUGUGAAUUUCGAUGAGUUCUGUGUGUUGUCAGCGUACUUAUCUGUUUUACAACAAGAGAUUUAUGAAAGUGGGUGUAUAUCACCGAUAAAGGGUACAAAUUUACCACCACCUCCAAUUUUCUUAGCUAAUAUGCAGGAAGGCAUCCAGUCUGGUACCAUAGACGAGAGUCUUUUCAUCUCCACCACAACGACUUUCACAAAACAAGUUUUCCGAGCCAGCAGUUGUACGAGUGUUCCUGAUGAUCGCCAUGACCUAUUCCGCAAUCGAGACAGCGGCACAUCUUCACCGCAACCCGUUACGGGAGGAAUUACAACUCAGAAACAAUUAAGGAUUCCCCUGCGUCUAAAUCUGCUAGAAAGCGAAGAGAACGGUGAAGAAAGCGAUUCCAACGAUUCCGUAUUUUCAAGCGGCAGUUCAAUAAAUUCAAACUUCUGUGACUCAUUCAGCGGGCUUGAGUUCCGCGACGUUUAUCUGGGCGGAAGUUGUUUUUUGCGAACAAAAUGGCGACAGGACUAUGCGGUUUCGUAUUUCAAUUCGAAGGGUAUCACUUAUCAUAUGCCGCAAUUGCAUGAAAGCAUUUUACCAACGCAAAUGGAGGUCAUCAAGGAGUCCAUAAAAGAUUUGAACGGAAUUAAACAAUCGUCCAGUGGAGAGUCAGGGGUGGAUGUAAAUACUCAAAGUGGAGAUAGGGAUGAUGAUGUGGACUCGAGGACAAGCUUGUAUAAUCCAGCCUUGCUCGAUUCGAGUAGAGUGUUGCUAUUUGUUAUCACGAACGAGACAAGAUCGUUAGCACCAAUGACUUUGGCGGCACAUUGUAUUGGAUUGAUGUAUAAUGUUGUUUUGUGCGUGCAAAUGCUACCAGAAUUUUGCAUUAUUGGAAAUGAUAGGCUCACUCCAGCCGCCAUUAAAGAUUACAAUCGUGGCCGAUCGUACUUGAUAGAUUUAGCAAAAAGGCAAGGUGUACCUGUUUUCAAUGACAUCAAAUCAGCACUUGAAUGCACAGUCGAGAAGGUUAGAUCGUCGAAUUCGCGGAACUCCGUAUGAUAGUAGGCCUUCUCCAUUCCACCGUACAAUUAAGGCUUACUUUUCUGACGUAAUGCAGAAGAGUCCAUCCAAUCUGUUUAAUAGUCAAAUCAACAGUAACCUGUCCCAGCUACAAGCUAAAUUGGACGACAACGGAACAACCAACUACGAGCAAAUGCAAUUGUCGUACGUAGCUUUCUCUGCAACAAAUUCCAAGGGUUUUCGUAUAACUGAUACAUGCCUCAAACAUUUCAAGGAGUAGAGCUGGCGACAGACAAUAGGCGCAGAGAAUUGUAAAUAAGCGCAGUAUAAGUGUAUAACUUCGAAUAAUCAGAUAACACAUCCUUCCGCCUGGAAACAAAAAUUAACAAAGGAGUUGAGGAUAGUGAAACAAUAAAAUUGAAAUUUAUCUUAACUAAACUGAAAAUAGAGAAAGUGUUUAAUUUUAACUUAUUCUAAUUUUUAAUAAAGGAAACAGAAUUUUUAUUAAAUUUUAAUGUUCUUUGGAAAUGAUUUUAGUCAGUGGUUAGUUUCAAUUUGUGUAGUUGAAAUGGAAGAAAAAUCUUUUACCGAAAUCUUAGGUCAAAUUAACUGGAACUAUCCAAGUAAAGACAUCGAUUUCGUAAUAUACAUGGUUUUGCUGUUCACCGCGAUAACAUGUCUUUCGGGAAUAUCUGAUAUUUUUCUUCAAUUUUUUUAACUAAUUUAAUCUAAUUUAAUGGAAAGUGGAGCGGUUCGAAUCCGAUAAAUUAAUUUCGUUUUGUAAAAAGUGAAGCUGUAAAUAGUUCUGAUGAUAAAAUGUUAAAUAAACAUAAAUAUGCAACAAGAGUUAGUGGUAUUGCUAAUAUGUAGAUGUUUUGAUGUUUGCAAAUGAUGUAAGCGUGGUUUCAUUGUUUGAGUUUCAACCAUGCGGUACGGUUCUCAUAAAUGUCUACAUAUUUUUUAUAAAUAUUUCAGUAACUUAGAAGAUUGUGUAACAUAAAUGAUUUGACAUUCAAACUGUUCUUUAUUCGUUAAGGACUUGUAGCUUAAUGCUUGGAGCUAAUAGUUUUCUUUCAGAAUUAGAAUAACGCUUACGUGAGGACGGAAAAACUGGAAAAUUGAAUAUUACCCUAAAAUUUAUACAAAGGAGUUCGCAAACUGCCUAACGUACUAGCUUUGACUAUUAUUCUACUAAACCUGAAUGAAAAUGUUAAGAAAAAAAUACUUAAAUGGACGACAUACAGAAUAAUUCCCUAAUAAAAAAAAGUAAAUGUGCAUUGAAGAAAAAGAGACAUAAUAAAGAUGAUAAUUAACUGAA